UGUGGCGUCGUAAAAAAAAAAAAAAAAGGAGGCGGCCCGCCUAGUUACAGCAGAGAUGACGCCUCUGCAAUUCUGAGAGUCCCCAGCAAGCCGGGGCUAGUAUAAAGCGGGGGCGGAACGAACGACUCCUCCCAUCAUGCCAGGGGGCAGCUCCGCGCGUCCCACCCUGGGAGUUAUAGUUCCCUGCCCCUCAGAUCCAGCGGCAUCCUCAGUGUGUGAACUCUGUUACCCAGAAGGCCUCCAGCACCGAAGCUGGAAUUCCUCGGUUACUCGUUCUCUCCGGCAAUUAGCGGAACCUGUUAGCGCUGCCCACAAGGCUCAGCGGGGCUGCGCGAGGUUAGUGGCUAAUGAAGAGGAGCUUCGGUCAACUGCCACCUGGCCCCGGCGAGAGGAAGUGCCUGCCAUGCCUCACAUCGACAACGACGUCAAACUGGACUUCAAGGAUGUCCUGUUGAGGCCCAAACGCAGUACCCUUAAGUCUCGAAGUGAGGUGGAUCUCACAAGAUCCUUUUCAUUUCGGAACUCAAAGCAGAUGUACACUGGGAUCCCCAUCAUUGCAGCCAAUAUGGAUACUGUAGGCACCUUUGAGAUAGCCAAGGUUCUCUGUAAGUUCUCCCUCUUCACUGCUGUCCAUAAGCACUACAGCCUCGAGCAGUGGAAAGAGUUUGCUAGCCAGAAUCCUGACUGUCUUGAGCAUCUGGCUGCCAGCUCAGGCACAAGCUCUGCUGACUUUGAGCAGCUGGGACAGAUCCUGGACGCUAUUCCCCAGGUGAAAUAUAUAUGCGUGGACGUGGCCAAUGGCUACUCUGAACACUUUGUUGAAUUUGUAAAGGAUGUGCGGAAGCGCUUCCCUGAACACACCAUCAUGGCAGGGAAUGUGGUAACAGGAGAGAUGGUGGAAGAGCUGAUUCUCUCUGGGGCUGACAUCAUCAAAGUGGGAAUUGGACCAGGUAAGCUGGUUCACUGGGGGCCACUGGCCACCGCUUCAGUGGCAGACACCUGUGGAGAACUUCCCUCUCAUUCUUGUCACGUUCUUCUCAGGCUCUGUGUGUACCACCCGGAAGAAGACCGGAGUUGGGUAUCCACAGCUGAGUGCAGUGAUGGAGUGCGCAGAUGCUGCCCAUGGCCUCAAAGGCCACAUCAUUUCCGUAAGGCCAAGAGCAGGGUAGGGUAUGAGGCUGCCAGACAUCUGGGUUCUCUGCCAGGUCUGGAGGCUCUGGUAGAGGUGGAUCAGGACUCCUGGGUUCCUGUCAGCUUUGAGGUGGGCCACUGGGACCUCCUAGAGGGCUUGGGGCAUCCAUACUCUCCCUUCAUAGUGCUCCUUACUUUGCAGGAUGGAGGCUGCAACUGUCCCGGGGAUGUGGCCAAGGCUUUCGGGGCAGGGGCUGACUUCGUGAUGCUGGGCGGCAUGCUGGCUGGGCACAGCGAGUCAGGUGGUGAGCUCAUCGAGAGGGAUGGCAAGAAGUACAAGCUCUUCUAUGGCAUGAGUUCUGAAAUGGCCAUGAAGAAGUAUGCCGGGGGCGUGGCUGAGUACAGGGCCUCAGAGGGAAAGACAGUGGAGAUGCCCUUUAAAGGGGAUGUGGAACACACUAUCCGAGACAUUCUUGGAGGCAUCCGCUCCACCUGUACCUACGUGGGAGCAGCUAAGCUGAAGGAGCUGAGCCGGAGAACUACCUUCAUCCGUGUCACCCAGCAGGUGAAUCCGAUCUUCAGUGACAAGAGCUAGACCUGAGCAGUUCUGCCCUCCCAGGGCGCCAGCACCCACCACAGGGCUCCCCAGUGGGCCCCUCUCCCAUCCCAGCUACUAGGGCUAUUACUUGGUCAUUUCCUAUCCUCUCUCUGCUAAGGGCUCCUGCAGUAUUCUGUACUUUAUCUGCACAUGCAAAAUGCCCAGGGCACCCACUGGGGAGGAAGCAAGGAAGGCAGGCUGAGAAAAUAAAGUUAAGAUAAUCAAAUGGGAAUCUGGGGACCCAGAAUCCUGAAGAUUAUUAAAAGGAAAAGAUGCUCAUUCAUACAUAAGUGUUUUAUAUGGCCUUGGUCUGGAAGAGGUAGGCUUUUAGAAUCAUGUUUUGUUAAUCAGAUUCAUUAAAUAGAUCUUUGAAUAUCUACAAAGCUCAGAAGUGUUUAUGUAUUUUAAAUACCUCAAUAAAGAGAGAUCCCAAUGA